AUGUCGGGCGAUGCCAAUGCUGCUGCCGCAACCUCGUUCCUCUCGCGAGACCUCAUCUCCACCAUCCUGCUCCGCCUCCCGGCGAUCGUCCUCCGCCGCUUGAGCCUCGUUUGUAAAGAAUGGCGAAAUAUCAUCUCGGAUCCAAUCUUCAUCAAAACCCACAUGGUGGAAGGACCGACGGCCCCGACACACACCAUCGUAUUCGUGCCUUCCUCCGAGCAGUACCGCGCCGGCAACGGGUUCCUAUUCGACGAGCGCUGGCGGCUAGCGGCGAGGUUCGCCGUCGGCGCUUCCGAGGCCAUGGUAGGCACGUGCAACGGCCUUCUCUGCUUCCACGACGGGCGCCGGGACCUUAUCAAGAUCGUAGAACCCUUCACCGGCGAUGCCAUUGUCCUGCCGGUGCCGACGACGGAUUCGCCGUGGAAGCACGACGCCCGGUCGUACUGCUUCGGAUUCGACGCCACGGCGAGGCGAUACAAGAUCGUUCACCAGGUCGAAAGCUAUAGCUUCCUGAAUGUUUUCACGCUGGGAGAGGACAAGGGCUGGAGAACCGUAAGCAUUCCCCCAUGUGCCUCCGUCCACGGCGACCUCGCGUACGACGGCGGAACGGUGUACUGGAGCUACAACGGAUACGCAGACAUGAUGUACGCGCGCUUCGAUCUAGCGACCGAGCAGAUCAUCACGCCGGUGAAGCGGUGUCUGGCUAACGGGCGACCGAUCACUUGCCAUCAUCCGCGGUGGCGGGAUCAGCCCUUCGUCUUCCUAAUAAGGCGGUUCGCCAGUGAGUCACAGGAUGACUACUGGCCGCAUGAUAUGAACACCAUGGCGAUUGAUACCCAUGGCGUGAUCGUUCCCCAUGGGCGGCACCUACCGAGGCCACACGCGCUGCAACGGGGCCACCUGCUAUUACAGGAGGCGAACGGAGCUGUGUACGCUCACAAGAUCAUGACAACAACUAUUCAUGAACUUAAAAUUGGGUGGAAAAAACUGCUGAUUGAUAGCGAUCUGGGCCUUACCAAUCACUUUUUCGCACCCAAGAACGGCCAGUUCGUUCCAGUUCACAGUGGCGGACGGUCGAAAACACAGCAGCCCGUGGCUACUGCGAGCGAGGAUAUUUGCACGUUUGCCUACACCCCCACAGUAUCUGUCGCUCCCUUGGCGCUCUAUCUAGGCACACAUGGUUAA